UGGUGACGUCAUCCGGUGUAAUUUAGAGGAAGGAGACCGUUACUAGAAAAUGUCUCCAGACAACAAACUUCCAGAAUGGGUUUUUAUAGCCUCUCUGUCUCGCUAAAAUGCCACGAAUAGCAUAGUAACUGUGUUUAAAUCCCGCAGUGGCCUCAUUCCGCCCGUUGACUGUUUUUUUUACCCUCCGACACAAAGCUGUUUUUUUCCGGCGGUUACAUAAAAAGUCUUAAUGUGGACCAGAGGUGAUCCUGACGAUGGACACGAGUCUUGUAAAACAGGUUCAAAUAGCGGAGGAUCUCCUGGAUGGGUUGGCAGCCAUGAAUCAACUUGGCACAGCAAACAGCCCAGCAUCUUUAGGCGCAGACACAGCAGUGUGUCAGACAGUGGCGAUACCGGUAUUGGUACCUACUGCUCUGAUGGCGUGGAAGAUGACUCCAGCUCAAGCACCGCACCCUCAUCUCUGCGCCCACUGUCUAUCUCUGGCCAAGAGGAUGCGUUUGGCAACAGCAUCCCCGUCGUUCAUGUCAAGCCAUCUCCCUCCACCACAUCCUAUGUCAGUCUGAAAAGGACAGCAUCAUCCAGCAGCUCAGGUCACUUGAGUAGGUCUUGCCAGGUGCUCCCUCCAGCCAGUUCUCCCCUUAGUGCACCUGGUAGUGUGGCCAUGAAGGACCAACAGCCCAUCAGAAGGUGGUCUUCUCUUACUAAGUUGUCAUGUGGGGCUGAAAAGAGCUCCAGUCGGACAUCAGUUCACCAACGCAACACCGAUUUACAUGGCUCCUUAGACAGAGGUCUGCUGUCUGGCUACAAAAAGGAACCCCGUAGUUUAAAUGGGGACCUUUAUUUACCUUUAACUUCGUCCUUACUGUGUCACAGCUUGUUACAGCGCUCACCUGGUGCUGGUCCCUGUUACUGGAGCAAACAUGGGAGUAAAUCUACUGGGUUUGAAACAGACCUGUCUCAGUCAUCAACCCUAUCUUCACCUGUUAAACUGAGCAGUUUGGGAGGUGGUCAAAUGAAUUGCCUUGAUUUACCAAAGCGACUAGAGUCACCUCUUGGUCACCAGGUUGACAGAGACUCUCCGAUUCAGCCGGCCGUCCGCACACAGAUGUGGCUGGCUGAGCAAAUGGAGUACAGCUCUAAAAGUGAGCAUGGAGGAGAACUUAACCAGCUCGCUGGCACUGGAACAAAGGUGUGUGGUGGAGAAGGCCUGGCACCUUGGCAAGGACAAACACUUGAACCAGGGUUGCAGGACCAGAUGCUGCAGGGGACAUCCCAUAUCAUCAACACUCUGGUGAAGGUUAAAGAGGGAAUGCUGAGACAAAGAGAGUUGGAAAUAGAUAGGCAGAAUCAGCAGAUACUGCAGCUACAUGCUCGCAUUAGAGAAAAUGAGCUGAGAGCCCAGCAGGUCCUGCACAGUCAGAGGUGGUUUGAAGACCCUCAGAUUUUGAAAAUGAAGGAAUCUGUAAAGGAAAUGCCGACUGAGCGACUGGACUGUCAUGAAGAUCUUAGCAGAAAAAUGGCAGUGGCUGAACUGGAAGUGCUCCAUCUUAAUGAGCUUUACAAGCAAGCCACUCAAAAAUAUACAGAAGACCUCAGGAAACUGGAAGAAAAGAUAAAAACAAGGGAUCGCUAUAUCAGCAGUUUGAAAAAGAAAUGUCAGAGGGAGAGUGAACAGAACCAGGAAAAGCAGCAACGCAUAGAAACUCUGGAGAAAUAUCUUGCAGACCUGCCAACGCUGGGCGAGGUCCAGGUCCAGUCCCUGCAGCUGGAACAGGUGCAGAAGAAAGCUGAAGACCUGGAGAAGAACAUGUCUCGCUUACAGCAGGAUCUUGACGAUUGCAGUGGUUUGUUGAAAGACAAAGAUGUCAAGAUUAAGACACAAGACAGGAGAGAGACGGAGCUGAUUGCGUCUGUGCACAGUCUGCAGCAGAAGGUGCAACAGUGUUUGGAGGACGGGGUGAGGUUGCCUAUGAUGGAUCUGAAGCAGCUUGAGGAAGAAAACACAGAACUUCUGGGGAAGCAAGACCAUAGCAGCAAGCUCAUCGAGCACCAGAAAGGACAGAUUCUUCGACUAAACUCUCACAUAAAGGCCGUCAGUGCAAGACUACACAAGGGAAGAAGACCUUCUCUCUUGUGUUCUUCUGAGAACCAAGAAAGUCCGUCCAUUGAAUCUUUGGCCUUGUCACAGCAGCCACAGGUGGAUAAUGAGCUGUCCCAUGUGGAGAUGUCACAAGUGGGACAGCUUUUGAAGGAAAUGUCCCUGUGUCUGCUGGACCUUCAGGCCCUCUGCAACAUCUUGGUUCAAAGAGCUCAAGGGAAGGAGCUCAACUUGUCCCUGCUGCUGCGGAUGACAUAAAACGCAUCUCAUCUGCCUUAAAGGGAACCUGCACUUUUGUAUUUAUUUUGCAAUCACUAUGAGAGACAAGAAGACAAAAGUUUGUUUUUUUCUUUUGCAUUCUGACAUAUAAAAAUCGUCUCUUUCUCUGUGACCAGGUAAUGGGAGCAAUCAAUUCUACCUCUAAAUCACUUUAAAAAUGCAUUCAAAAACCGUCAACAACACUUCAUUUAACAUUCUGUAACCUGCAUGAUAACCAAACUGUUGCAACAUUGUUAUUGUAAGAGCGAACACUGAGGAACAGUCAGGAACUCUUUUAUUUAUUAUUUUGUCGACAAUCUUCCUGCUAAGCUGCGCUCUCAGGUCGCAAUGACGAGGCCGUAGAUUUCUGACAAUUUGGUCGCUUUAUUCUUAUUUCUGCAGGACAGAACCCGACACGUUUGCCAGUCUUAAAGGAGCACACACACAUACGCUAGUCUCAUAACACAAGUGUCAUUGUGCUGUCUUUCUUACUUGUUGUGGAUUCUCUGCAUGGAGUGAGAAGAGAAACUGUGAUAUAUCAACUCAAUAACAGAAAGUUGUCUUUAGUUUUGUUGGUUUUGAUGCAGACGUGCAGCAACAUCCUGACACUUCCAAUGUGUGGCUUUAAUGAGUUGCUUCCCAAAGUGUGUUCAAUAGCUUAUACACUACUGCCAUCUAGUGUCUCAAAUCUGCAAUUACCUUCCAAUCUACUUUAUUUUAUCACUUUGACAUUAGAUUUUUUGAAGAAAUAAACCAAAAUAAAAUAUAGUUCUAAAAAUACCAGCUCAUAAACUUACAAUAAAACAUGCUUUUAUAUUGUGAAAGUAUCAUUUUGCAGCCAUAUUUGCUGCUACAUUCAUGCUGUGCUUAGUGACCAGCAGGCACUCGAACACGCACCCGAAGGUGCAAUGAAUGUAACAAAAUACACAGAACUUAUUACUCUCAUUUUGCCAAAAUCUUAAUUUGUUUUGGACCAAAAAUCACAUAGAAAUUAUGACUUUUGUGUGAAGUCUGUAACUGUGGUGGCUGCCUCCAAAUAUUUGUAAUCACUGUAUGUAUCUCUCAUGUAUUAUUCUAACUGAUCUUUUUUCUAACAUGGUGAGUGAAUAAGUCUACUUUUGUACUUAUUUCUACAGAACAACUCAGAUAUGGCAACUGGAGAUGUCCGAUAAUGGCUUUUUUGCCGAUAUCUGAUAUUCCGAUAUUGUCCAACUCUUAAUUACCAAUUCCGAUAUCAACCGAUACCGAUACAUACAGUCGUGGAAUUAACACAUUAUUAUGCCUAAUUUUUUUGUGAUGCCCCGCUGGAUGCAUUAAACAAUAUAACAAGGUUUUCCAAAAUAAAUCAACUCAAGUUAUGGAAAAAAAUGCCAACAUGGCACUGCCAUAUUUAUUGUUAAAGUCACAAAGUGCAUUAUUUGUUUUAACAUGCCUCAAAACAGCAGCUUGGAAUUUGGGACAUGCUCUCCCUGAGAGAGCAUGAGGAGGUUGGGGUGGGUGAGGUAUGGGGUAGCGGGUGGUGUAUAUUGCAAGGGGUUCUGGGUAUUUGUUCUGUUGUGUUUAUGUUGUGUUACGGUGCGGAUGUUCUCCCGAAAUGUGUUUGUCAUUCUUGUUUGGUGUGGGUUCACAGUGUGGCGCAUAUUUGUAA